AUGGAAAAGAACAACAAAAAUGAUAACAGGAAUAAAGAAGUUGCUCCUUUUAUCACAGUUUUGUAUGAACUUGUCAAUGACCGCAGUGCACAAGAUGAUAUUUGUUGGUCAACAGACUCAACACACCCCGGUUUUGUAGUGUUAAAUCCAAUCAGACUUUCAAAAGAAUUUCUUCCAAAGUAUCUUAGACACUCCAAUUACGCGGCGUUUGUAAAACAGAUGGAGGUUUAUGGGUUUCAACAGGUCGAACACCCACUUGGACUGUGUUAUAUGCACCCGGAUUUCAAAAAAGGUCAUAAGGAGUUGCUAUAUAAAAUUCACAAAAAUUUAAUUAACAAUUAA